AUGGCUUGCGAGGCCUGCAUCCGGGGUCACAGGGUGAGCGGGUGCAAUCAUUCGGAUCGUAAGCUCUUGCCGAUCGCGAAAAAGGGCCGUCCAGUGUCUCAGUGUAAUCACUGCCGUCAGAUGCGGAAGGCUCGUUCUGCCCAUGUUAAAUGUGAUUGCGGCGAGAGACUUGCUUUGUUGAAGGAGUCAAAGGCAGCUGGAAAGCCCGUCCCGGCUACUGCCUCUGCAUGCCACUCCUCGACUACUCCUGCUACGGCUGCACCGUCAGAGGAAGGCGAUACUAAAGACCCUUCAUCGGCUUGCCUAUGUUGUCACGGAGGACGUUGCACAUGCGCACUGAAGAAAGAACAUUUGGAUUCUGUUCCUGAGUUAGCUACACCUGCCACCUGCGCUUCAAUAGCCCCUACCACAACUGCCACAGCCACGGUGGAAACCCGAAAACCUCGUCUCCAAGCGACGCACUCUGAGGGCUCCCUUACCACCCUUCACACUUUCGCCAACGGGCAUCACCGACCGACCCACAAGCAUCAUGGAAGUAUCCAUGGAUCAUCUCCUUACACAAUCCCACAUGUCGGUCACACAGGCCAUACAUUUGGCGAGCACAUUGGCGGCUGCACAAAAGCGCCUCCUGCUACUGUGUCUGCACCUCCAAGUGCUGCGUCCCAGAAGCCUCGCCGUAUCAAGUCCGAGCACUCUUCUCCAGACCUAAGGAGUUAUCCUGCCCUAAAGAUGGCCAAUACAGGCAUUACCCCUCUGGAGUUGACCCCCCAGCUUCCGCAGCCCAUCAAAUCGGUAUCGAGCCGUGUCGCACCUGGACUCAGUGUCAACACCAACGCUCCUUACACCAUGCAUGAAUUCCGUAGCCAGGAGUUGUUGCCAUCAGCAGAUUCAGAAUGCAGCUUCCAAUUCUCGGCUGGAUUGUAUCCGCCUCAAUCUGCGGGGUGGCCUCCCUCCUAUAAUGCAUUUGAUAAUGCCACGUUUGACGAACAGCCCCUGGAUACGGGAGUUGAUUACUCGGUAUCGCAGCUGGACAUUGGGAACUACCUCCGCUUCCAGCCAUCUGCCGGACUGAAUGGAUCUGUGUCUGGAGACGAGAUUGAUGACUUUAUUGGUCCAGUGAACGGGCCUGGCGGUCCCGGCGGAGCCAGGACGGUUACAAGGUCUUCCUCGUCGGACACUUCGGACCAGGCCGAAUCAGACUUCCGUGUUAGUGCCGCGUCAUCAUUUGUGGCUUUGCAGCAGGCUUCAUCCGCGCUACUUCCAGAAAACAGCUACGAGGAUUUAGAAAAUCUGAACACAGCUAUGGGACCUAUGCAACCUACAGAUCCCUCAUAUGGGUUGAUCAUUGGCACUGUCGACAGGGCUCUUGAUAAUGAGACUAGGGGCUUGAGUUUGUACGGGGGGUAUUCAGAUGGGUUUUUGAGUCUAAAGAAUAUGGCUACUACAAAGGCGGCGGAACUCGGUGGAGUGUCUUCUUCGCUACCACCGGCUGAUGAUGGAGACUACCUGUGGAUGGCACGACCGAUAACUCUAAACUCUGUUCAGGAUGGAGCUCCCCCACCUGAGCCCUGGAUCAGCUAGCAUUUGGAGGGCUGAGGGGUUUGUGAGAUGUCAGAAGUGAAGGAAUAUAGAAGGGGCUGAAGGGAGGAGGAUUUAAGGGAAAUGGAGAGUGAAAUGGAAGCGGAAGUUUUUUUUGGGGGGGGGGUAGGGAGGAAAAGAUGUUGGAAAAACUUGAUGCUGGAGGUGAAAUAUUCGUUUUCUUCUGGUGUCAAGCGUUGUAAAAGGAAAUUCAUCUUUUUUCUUUUUCAACUCUUUUCAUUUUUUUCACUCUUUCUCCCUCUCUUACUCUCGCGCACACAGAUACAGUACAAGGCGAUGGGACAUGUUCGUUUUUUUGUUCAAGUUUGCUUCAUUUCUCUCGCCUUCCCCGACAGACAAGCCUUCCGAUGCCCAAGGGGGAAAGAAAAAAAAUGAACAAAAAAAGGAGCCUAAAUCAUGUUCAAGGUCACUGGUUGAUUGAUCGAUUGAAUAAUGCGCGGCGCAGUACAGGGGUCGCCAUCAGCAUCAUCAUCCCCGGUCCUUCGGACAAUUUAUUCCUGGGUUUUAUCUUGAUUUUUUUAUCUCCUCCUCCAUUCUGUUUCCCAUUCCCGUUUGCCAGAUUAGCUCUGUAGUUGGGUCUCUUAUUCUUUUUUUCUUGGUUUUCUCCCAUUUAUGCAAGACUAUAUAUAGAGGGUGUAUUUUUUUUUUUCUUUUCUUCUCAACGUUUAUGUUUGUUUCAUUGAAAUGUUUACUGGGGGUUUUUCAUUUGAUUUAUCUUUUUUUUUUUUUUUUGGGGGGGGGGGGUUGAAUUUGGCUGAAUGGCUGCUAUCAAUCUAUUGUAUCUGUUGCACGUGGGAUUGUGUGGUGUACGUUCGUUCGCUCGUUCGCCUGCAUCCACUCAUGCCAUGCUAUGCCAUGCAACGACGGUAGUUAGUUUAGCUGAGUUAGAUUGUUGGUUCGGUUUGCCGAGUUGCGCGUUGUUGGGAUGAUGGAUUAUGGUUACGAUGUUAUGCUGUUGAUGUUAUGUUUCUUAGUACUUUUACCAUUAUAUCUCUUUCGGCUCUUUCUUUCUAUC